GCAUGCCACUGUUGCCAAAUUAACUCCCAAUAAAUGGGCGCACAUUGCAAUCUGCUAUGGUUAUUACGAAAACGUCUCGUGGGCCGGUUCACAGUGUAAAUGCUUAAUUUUAUUGUGUCAGUCCUCAGUCCCGGCAUAACAGUCUGUUGUGCCAGGGUAAACGGUCGCGCGCGCUAACCCUAAACUUUUUCCCGCCAUAUUCGAGGCGCCAUUUUUAUGAUGUGAGUGACAGUUUAUACGGACAGUAUUAAUUUUCAGUGGCCAGUGACAGUUUUCGGUUUUGAUAAUCGAGGAGACAGCGACGCGAGAUGAACAAGAAGUCGCAUAAGAAAAAGCAGAGGAAACGAGGGAGAGGAGAUGGGAAGAAUAAAGAAAACAUCAUAGAAGAUGUGCAUGAUGAUAAAGAUGAAGGAUCUCCGGAGCCUGUUGUGGAGAAGAAGAAAGUUUGCUACGAGAUCAAGCAGUCCGAGGUGAUGGGCAGAUAUCUGGUAGCGAGUCGAGAUAUAAGAGCUGGUGAGGUAAUUGUCGAGGAACCAGCCAUUGCCGUCGGUCCCUGCACUGGAUGCGGCCUCAUCUGCCUCGGCUGUUACCGGGAACUUGAGGAAACCAGCUUGGCGAAAUGCCGAGGCUGCAAGUGGCCGAUGUGUAGCGGUUCAUGUCCCGGCUAUGGCAAGUACACGGGUCACUCCACAUACGAGUGCGACACACUCAAGGACAUACCACCAGACUACUCCAACCUUGAGGACCUGAAGGACUCUUAUCAAGCUUUGAUGCCUUUGAGAUGUUUGCUACUAAAGACAGCGGACCCUGCGAAGUGGACAGCAUUAUCGGCGAUGGAGGCCCACAACGAGUUGAGGAAGGCGAGGGGAGACAUCUGGCCGAUCAAUGAGAAGAAUGUCGUGCAGCGGAUGAAGAAGUGGGGGCUGCAGUAUGAGGACCAGGAGAUACAUACCGUCUGCGGGAUCUUGGAGGUCAAUGCUUUCGAAGUAGGCGGCAGUGGUGCCAACGCCAGAGCACUGUAUGACAGAGCGUACCUCCUGGCCCACGACUGCACACCGACCACCACGCACACCGACUCCGAGCGGGUUCCCGGCAGACCACUCACCAUACGAGCUUCAGUUCCACAUAAAGCUGGAGACUUGAUAUCUCUCUGCUAUGCGUAUACGCUGCAGGGUACCCUGAAACGUCGUGAACACAUAAAACACAGCAAGUUCUUCGACUGCAGCUGUGCUCGAUGCCGUGACCCCACCGAGCUGGGCACGUACGCCAGUGCCUUCCGCUGCCCGCGCUGCAGCGGCCGCGUGCUGCCCACCGCACCGCUGGACCCGGCCGCAAUGUGGCACUGCGUGGAUAAUGACUGCCAGUACGUCAUGACUGCGCCGUCCGUGCAACUGCUGCUGAAGAGACUCACAGACGAGUACGAGCUGAUAGAUGCUAACGACGUCCGAGGGUUCGAAGGCUUCCUCCACAAGUACAGGAACGUGAUCCACAACACGCACUACUUAUGCCUGUCUGCCAAGCACUCGCUCAGCCAGCUGUAUGGCAAGGUGGCUGAGUACAUGAUACACGAGAUGCCGGAGGCUGAGCUCAAUAGGAAGAUUGAGAUCUGCAGGGAUUUGAUGAAGGCGUUUGAUGUUAUUGAGCCUGGGUAUUCUAGGUUGAGAGGUGUAACUCUGUACGAGCUGCAUGCACCUCUUAUGAUCCUCACUACGAGGGACUUCGAGAAGAAGGCGAUCACCAAAGACAAUUUGCGGACACGACUUAAAGAGAUCGUCAAGUACCUCACAGAAUCAGCACUGAUACUGGGUUUCGAGCCAUCACAGUCCUCCGAAGGUCUGAUGGCGACGGCAGCGAGGGAUGCUCUCAAGAAGAUCAAGACUUGGGAACAGAUCAUUGGGAAGAUAUCAUGAUGAUGAGUGAUCAUCACACGUGGAGAUUGAUGGGUCAUGAGGAGUGGAGAUGAUUGCAAUGUUGAUUUUGUAAAUUAAAUUAUUUAUUUUGUGCUUGGGUACCAUGUUAUGUAUGUCAAAUUUUAUUAUAACUUUCGUGAGAUAUAUUAAAUUAAUUAUUAUGUUAUCGGCUUACUCACGUAACUGUUUGACGAGGAACCAGUAAAGACGCGUCGAGUGUCGCGGAAUGCUGCUCAUGAAUAUGAUCCUCUAGCAUGGCUUGAAACUAUUCGAGUACCUCGUCAAACAGUUCCGUAAGUCGAUAACAUAAUAAUUAAACACAUCAAAAUUAAUGGGAUGAAUUUGAAAAAUACUUUGAAAUACGUGUUUUAAAAAGACGGUCUGUAAAGAGAGUUACUAGAGGUGAUUAUUUUACAAUUGAACUCUCAUUUUUGCCCACAAGGAAAUACUAAAUUAGGUACAUUUGUGAAAAGUAUACGAUUGUAAAAAUGUUAAAAUUAGGAUUUUAACUUAUUCUGACAAUUAUUCGUAACUUAUUGUUCUCAUUACAUGUAACGUAUAUAUCUAUUUUAAUUUAUUUUCCAUCGUAAUAUUUCUAUUUAUUACUAAUAUCUGUUAUGCAGGGUGUAAACGGAACGCCCCCGAAAAACGCUACAACUUUUAAUUGAUUUUAUAAUUUUAAUGGUUUUAAUUUCCGUGUUAUUCAUGCAACAUCAGCCUUAAGCAACUGCUUACUGCUGCUUGAUUACAGCUAACCACUACAUAGUAUAAAACAAGGUCGCUUUCUCUGUCCCUAUGUCCCUUUGUAUGCUUAAAUCUUUAAAACUACGCAACGGAUUUUGAUGCGGUUUUUUCAAGAGGAAGGUUUACAUGUAUAAUACAUGCAUAAUAUAUCACCAUUGCACCCAUGUGAAGCUGAGGCGGGUCGCUAGUUAUUACAUAAAAUAACAAUGAAUUAAUAUUUUUUUUUGUAAAUAUAAUUAGUUUUUUGCCAUCCAUUGCGGUUUUCGGGAGCGUUCCGUUUACACCCUGUAUAAUGUAAUAUGUAACUUAUUGCCUAUUAAAAUACUAUAUACUAUUUAUACCUAAUAUAUAAGUAUCGGUAAAUACUACCUAAUAUAUUUUUGUGAAACAUUUAUUUAUUCAUUCCUUCCACUAAAAGACAUUAUAGGUGUGAAAUAUUUUUGUAAACUAUUGUUUUAACCCUCUCCAAACUAAUUUAGCAUUUAAAAUAAAUUAUUUCAACAAU